AUGUCGUUUGACAAUGUCGGUUUGGUAGUGGUGGGCAGCUUUAGAGGAGACGAAGCGAGAGUCGGAGGCAGGGGCAGGGGGGCCGGAGGCAGGGCGAGAGGAUCCCUCGCCGACUUCAGUUUGAAGGUGCCUGCGUUUGGGGCGAGGAGCCAUGGAGGGAAGGGGAGAAAGGGUCGGCCGAGAGGGAAGAUUAGGGGGGCUGGAGGGAGGAGACAGGCGAGGGAGAAGACAGGCAGUGGCGUGCAGGAGGGAAAGGCUGACGGCGAAGACGGAGGAGGGAGGUGGUGGGAGGCGACGGCGCAAGUGGUUGAGACAAUUCCGCAAAGUGAGAUGGAAGAGGGGGAGUUUGCUCCUGAAGAUCCAAGGCCUGAAGUGGAUAUUUUGCAGAUGAACACAAACCAGUAUGAGAUUGUGUAG